GACGCCCGUUUCCUUGUGACUCACUUUGCACAAUUGUCUCCGAAGGGCCCGACAUGGACUCCCACUGUGUCCUCCUGGCCGUCCUCCUCCUCUUCUGCUCGGCAGGAGCAUCUGACUCCCCCUGGAAGGCGGUUCGUGUGGGAGAUGCCGUCACGUUCCCCGUGGUGCCUCCGAAGGGCCAGAGACUGACCAACAUCCUCCUGAGGGACUCCUCCCGGCAACAGGCGGUGGCCAUCUGGAUGGACUCCAAGGAGAUCACCGUGGUAGACAUCAAGUACGCCGGCCGGGUGACCUUCCAGAUGGACGAGAUGGCCUUCAGAAUUGCCAACCUCAGCCUGGACGAUGGGGGCAAAUACGAAACCUCCACCGGCUUCACCUCCUCCUCCCCAGUGUUGCUUGGCAGCUUCCUGGUGGCCGUAUUCAACGUCACCCAAAGGAUCUCCCCCUUGAAGAACGAUUCCUGCCUCAUCUACCUGGACUGCGAGGCAGGGAUGGGACCUGGCCACAGAGUGACCUACGCCUGGAAGGACACGAAGGCCGGCACCACCCUCAGCCGGGAAGCCAGGCUCACACAGCUUGUGCACACUGACCAGCAAAGGGACUACGCCUGCGUGGCCCAGAGCUCCGCCGGCCAGAGCACCCUCAGCUUCGUCCUCCAGCAUCCCUGCGUGCCUAGCGCUGCAAGUCCAGGACCCUGGGCGCUGGGCUCUCUCCUGGUGAUGGCCGCUUUGCUGCUGCUGCUGCUGUGACCCCAGAAGACCCCGCUUCCCCCGCCCCCCAAGACACUUCAAUGGGGCAGCCGAAGGGCCCGAUGGAAGCUUCUCAGCCCUUCCAAGCAAUCCCUCCGAAGGAAAACCAGGACUCUGAUCGUGGCUUCGUGCAUCCCAGGGAACCAGCAUCUCUUCCAAGCGGGUUUAAUGAGCUUCAGCCCCCUUCAUUUAUUCCAUGGGUCUCGACACCCCAAGGCAAGGCAUCUCCCCCCCCCCCAGCCUCUCUUGGGCUCCAACGUGCUGGCACAGGGGGUCCCUGUAGUGCCGGUUCUUAAGGCCGGAGGAGCAACCUGUCCAGCAGGGGGCGCUCAGGGGCUGUCGUGAUUGAAAAGCUUCUCCCCGUUUCCCAGAUGAGCGUUUGUGUUGAAGUGCUCCAGGAGGGGCACUUUGCCUGCUAUUACCCAUUAAAAGGCACAGCGAACC